AUGGCAAGAUUCUCAAUUUUAAGUCUAUUAUUUGUGGUAUUUUCUUUAGUGUUAGCAGUCUAUUUUUUGAUACAGAUUUCUCCGGAUCCUCAAAUCUCUUCAAAUCUGAAACGAAAAAUUCUAGAAAACUGGUCAAUAUGCGCCAGAAAACAGUUGGAUAAAACACACACAGCCGACGAGGUACGCAAACACCGAAUUUUACGACGAAUUUUUUGGCAUCAAUUCUCGUCGCUUACAACCUAUUGCGAUGUAGCUGAAAAUAUUGAUUUAUUGGGAUUGAUUUCUUUGAAAAAUAGCGAUGAAGUCAAAUACGCUCUAAUGCCAAAAAACCUCCCCACCAAAAAUUCAACAUUUAAUUUUGUCACUCUGGGUAUUGGAAAGGAUAUUACAGCAGAGAAAUCGUUUAAAGAAGAGGCCGAAUUCCUCGGCUAUCAAGGGAAAUUCUAUGGUGCGGACCCGAUAAUCGAAGAUAAUUCUCAGUUAUUUUCUCAAAUCGGAGAAUAUUUCCCGUUUGCAAUUGGCGGGAAAACUGAAAUUUCAAAUGCAAGUGUGCUAAAAAAUGGUACGUAUCGAGAGGAGACAAUUAGCCACGUGGAAUUGCUGAAAUUCCUGAAAGACGAUCUGAAAAUCGCUGAAAUCGACCAUCUAUGGUUGGAUGCCGAGGGGGCGGAGUUUGGACUUUUUGAUUAUUUCUAUAAUGAUGGACCGUUGGAAAGGAAUGUUUUUCAAAAUUUUUCGAAUUUUCGGUUAGCCAAUUUGUCAAUACUUUUGGUUCUAAUUUUUCAAAAAACUUUCAAUUUUCAGAUUUUUGAAAAAUGGCCCAUUUCCGAAUUUCCAAAAUAUUUCAGUUUUUCAGCCUUUAAAUUUCCAGAAACCAUUUUUCAAAAUUUCUUGAUCUCCAAAAACAAAAAAUUUCCAUUUUCUGAAAGUCAAAAAUUUUCCCUCCAAUCUCGUUUCAAUCUUUUCCAAAAACGGCAGAAAUCCAGUUCUUCCGGCCUUUACGUCCCUUUCUUCUUAUGCAACUUCUCUCAUUCUUCGAUAAAUACUGUUCUCUAUAAUCUUUUCAUAUUUUCAGAACUACAAAAAGAAUGCGCCUAUCCAAAUAUCCACAUGUGGUUCAGAAAGAGAUACUUGACAACAUGGAAUAUCCCGAUCUAUUUCUGCUUUCCUUUGUCUCCUAAAAACAUGAUCAAACUAAUUAAAUUGUCCCAAAUCAAACGAUUCAAAAGUAUCAAUUAUAUUAGAUAUUAUUGUUGUCUCAACAACCAACUGAUUGUUGAUAUCUCAUCCAAACACUAUGGACACGAAAAUUUAGUGAAAAUCGUCGAGCGCGAGGAGAUUAAUAAUGAUUACUUUCCGUUGAACGUAUCUGGAAAAAUGAUUGAUUUUCAAUUAUCCGAAAAAUUCGAAUUCCCUGUAGCAGCUUAUCAUCUGUACGAAAAAGAAUCUGUCAUCCAAUCCAUGCAUAAUUAUUUUGUUCAUUUAUUUGGAGAUGCGAUGGAGUACUGUUGGAAAACAGACGACCGCAAGACUCCUAUUCCAAAACUACAGAACUUAUCAGCAUGUAUUAGAGUGUAUAUUAGCCCAAACUAUGGUGACAUGAAAACCAUAGAAAACUUUCUCUCCUCAAUCCCUGUCCUGAAAUCUGUUGAUAUUUUCGCUCAGCUGACAACAGAAUCAUUCAGUUCGGAAUCGGCAAUCUAUCAGAAGCUGGAAUACUUGGAAAUCGAAUUAUAUUUGGUUGAUUUUCCCAAGAAUCAAAUUCUGAAUGGAAUUGAAGCUGAAUAUAUUGCUCCAACAAUGAAACCACCCACACACACUUUGCCGAAACUGUACAUUGGAAACGAUAACAAAACAAAUACUGAUCCAAUCAUCAGCCAUACAUAUGUUGUCAGAGAAUCAGUUAGUCAUGUGGCGUCUGUUCUGAUUCGGGAGAAGAAACUCUUCUUUGGAGUAUGGAAUAUGACAGAGAAAGAGUUUUUGAAUAUGGUGGAAUAG